AUGGCCAGCUCUGAGUCUGUUGAUGGUGACGAUGGUCCAACCAUCAACGAUGAGCUCAGGGCCACAGGGCAGAUCCCCGAUGACAAAGAUGACAUGGGAGAUGCUGCUCAUCUCUUGUUCGGUAGGAGUGCUGCUCCGACCAACCGAGACGAUGCAGCGGCCAGUGCUGCAGCCACCAGCGAUACAGCAUCUCUGGCUUUGUCCACCACUACUGUUGUGCCCCCCAUGCUCUACACAUUUGGAUCCGUCCCAAAAUAUGCUAUCCCAGACAAUGGAAUGCAGAUUUUCUAUGUUAAAGUCGCCCAGAUCAAAGAGGAAGAGGGUCUUCACUGGCCACUACAUGUGUAUGGCUUGAUUGCCACCAGGGAUUCUAUCGAUCCUAGACGCAAUCUUAUUUUCCACCGCACUAGGGAUAACUGCCAAACUGUAACUGAAGAGGUUCCCUUUUUGCAGUUAACUGGCCCAUCCCGUGCAGUUGUGUUAGUUGAUCCAGUAAGGUUUGAAGUUCAACUGAAAUCAAAGGGCAGGACUGAGUCUGAAGAUAAAGUGAUCUGCUUCGAUAUCUUGAAUUCUCAGCUUGCUUCUGGUUAUGUGGGAUAUUGUCGUCCUAGGAUAUUUACAAGUCAUUUACGCUGCAACCAAAGCAAACUUGAGUUUGCAUUUGCAGUACUUGCUCGAUCAGUUGAGGCUACCAUCCGUGUUGAAAUUGUUGAUGGUGCUUGGCCAGAACAUCUCGGGGGACGCGUAACAACUCGCACUGCUAGUAUCCAUCAUGAGGGUAUUGUACCUGCAGAUUCUGGAGGUGGAAGAAUGCCUGUCAGUGGUUCUGGUGUGAUUGAGCUUACAAGACGGGUUGUUUGUGUUGAAUUAAGUGGAGAACUGGAAGUUGAUGUUGUGGCCUUUCGAGUUGUUGAUAACAUUUACUCAGAUGCUGCAAAAGAUUCGGUUGUUUUCACGCCUAAAAGGGCCGCAAUCAGUUAUGACACGUGA